AUGGGUCUGGAAAACACUUCUUUGGUGACUGAAUUCAUUCUACAGGGAUUGACAAAUGACCCUGAUCUACAAUUACCUUUGUUCUUACUCUUUCUGUUAAUAUAUACAACCACAAUACUAGAGAACAUGAAUUUGAUAACCAUUAUUGCACUGAAUUGUCACCUCCAUACUCCCAUGUACUUUUUCCUCUUAAACGUGACCUUCAUUGACCUCUGUUAUUCCUGUGUGAUUACACCCAAAAUGCUGAUGUACUUCUUUGUAAGGAAGAAUAUUAUCUCCUACGUGGAAUGUAUGACCCAGCUGUAUUUCUUCUGCUUUUUUGCUGUCAGUGAAUGCUGUGUCCUGUCAUCAAUGGCCUAUGAUCGCUAUGUGGCUAUCUGCAACCCACUCUUGUAUAAUGUUGCUAUGUACCAGGUGUGUUCUUAUCUAAUACUUGGUUCAUACAUAAUGGGAAUUUCUGGUACCAUGAUUCAUACAGGAUGGAUGCUUAGACUGACCUUCUGUGACAGAAACACUGUCAACCACUAUUUCUGUGCUCUGCUCCCUUUGUUGCAGCUCUCCUGCACCAACACUUAUGCCAAUGAGAUUGAGAUUAUUAUUGUAGGUGGGAUAGAUAUCAAUGUGCCCAGUGUCAUCAUUGUUACCUCUUAUGGCUUCAUCCUCUCUAACAUCCUUCAAAUGAGGUUUACCGAGGGAAGAUCUAAAGCCUUUAGUACCUGCAUCUCCCACAUACUAGCUGUUUCUCUAUUCUUUGGUUCAGGUGCAUUUAUGUAUCUUCAACAAUCCUCAGUUGGGCCUAUGGAUCAGGGAAAAAGGUCUUCCAUUUUUUAUGUCAUAUUGCUUCCUAUGAUGAACCCCUUAAUCUAUAGCUUGAGGAACAAGGAUGUUAAAGUUGCCCUGAGAAAAACCUUUAGCAGGAGGAUGUGCUGA